UGGAAUGACAAUCUGGUGGAGCUAAUCCACCUCCUUCAGACUUCCCAUGACUAGCUCUGCAACUCGAUAGCCAGCAGGCCAUUUCACCACCACCUCCGUCGCAGGCUCGUUGUGUCGCCAUCUCCGUUAGGCUUUCCCCUCAUAUGGCGGUCUCCAGAGACUGCAAUCCUGAAGCUGAGAAGCGCAAAACCCAGUGGCCAACUAACAGCGAAGUGUUAGUUGGCAUUACCCGAAUAUGACAUGUGCCCUAUCAAUGUGACUUUGAUCGCUCCGCCACUGCAGCACAACAAUUCACAGUGUUGCUCUCUCUCUCUCUCUCUCUCUCUCUCUCUCUCUCUCUCUCUCUCUCUCUCUCCCGAUGGGACAUUACCCAAAUAUGACAUGUGCCCUGUCAAGGUGGCUUCUCACAGCAGCAGCCCCUGCACCGUUGUUCGAUAGCGAAUCCUUGUUCUUGGAGAAGACAGCUUCAAAUUGGAUACAGAGCUUCAAGCCGAAGAGAUAGGUUUGGGAUAAUACGGGCCUAGUCCACCAAGUCAAGGGACGGUUGUCAGUGCCAAUUGGUCGUGGUCACACAGCUCCGUCACGAGGUCGGGGCACAACUCGAACGACCAUCAGGCGAAUCCUAAAGACCUGAGGGGUACACUGGACUGCAGUCAUAAUGGGCGAUCUGCCCAUGACCGACUCGAAGGCGAGCCACGUCGUGCUCCGUUCAUGAACCUGACACUGUUUGAUGUUGGGGUGCAGGCGCUCCAAAAAACCACCCAAGCUCUAGAAUCUUUGGUUCAAGGGUUGUAGAGGUUGGUGCCAUAGGAAGAGGUGCACAAACAUUCAAGUCACACCAUUCUUAUGGACAUGGAGACAUACUCCAGACGAUGCCAAGACGCCUUAUGAUACAAAGGAUUCACAGCAACGUGGAAGCACCAUUGCCCAGAGGUACAAACUUUGCAACACAAAGAUAUUUCAGGAAGGUGUAUGAGCUAGCAUCGUUGCCAUGGGGUGCAAACCUUGCGACGCAAAACUGUUACUCGAAGGCAUUGAAGCAUCGUUGCUAAAGGGGUAUAGACCUUGCAACGUGGAGCUGUUAGUCGAAGGCCUGGAAGCAUCGUUUCUAAGGGGUACAGACCUUGCAACACAAGUUGUUACCCGAAGGCGUAGGAGUACCGUUGCCGAGGGGGUUACAAACCUUGUAACGCGAAUCCAUUACACGAUGGUGUGCAAGCAGCUCGGGCAGAGGGAUCUUAGGGUCCAUACCAUCAACAACAAAGCUACAAAGUAUGAAGAGAGCCAUCUCCAUGCUGAACCCAGCCCUGAAGUCGAAGAAAUACAGGUCAACCUCGAGAGACUAGAACGAAAGUUCAUGACCGAGGCAAGGUUUCCCAUCGAUCUUACGAGUUGAAAAUCAUGACGGAGAAGCUCAUAGAUCAAGUGCGCAGCGCAGAGCACCUUCUCAGAUUCUAUAGGCGUAACAUCACAACCUUGUAGAUCAAGUGCAGAAUACUUCUCAAAUUCUAUGAGAGGAGCAUCACAAGCUUGUAGAUCAAGUAUAGAACGUAGAGCGACUUACCAAGUUUCGAGGUCCUUCAGUUCUUUCAUUACUUAAAAAUUCCGUUUUUUAAUCUUGAAUUUAAUAAGGUUCGACCUCACUUGAAAAUGAACUGGCGACGAUUAAAAAAAAUAAAAAUAAAAAUAAAAAAUAUUAAAAAAAAGAGAAUAUACUAUCACGCCCUGCCCUCGGUGUUUAGUCAACCACGGUUCGAUCCUCGGGCAAAGAAAUGAUCAAUUACUUUCUAAGUCUAAGAUUAGCUGAUCGGUCAGGGCGACUGAGUGACCGACCUUCGGGUCGAAAAGGUAUACAAGAGGUCAUGCCCCGAGCCCCUCUCGUACAUCCAUUGUCCGACAUUGCUGUCUAAACAGCUCGCAAACUCGCUUGAUCUAAUCAACGGUAUAAUGACUGUAAGAUCAGCCUUGGGGCUGAAGGUAUGCGAGUAGUUGUGCCCCAAGCACCUAUCGUACAUUCGUUGUCUGAUGUUGCUAGGCUUAACUGCCCGCAUACUCGUUUGAUCUGGCCAUCCCCUCAGCAGAUGGCGACCGUUACAGCUGCACGCUGUGGCUAGAGGGCUCACUCUUUUGCCUCAUUUUGAGGAAGACCUCGGGCUGCUAUUAGGACGAACAAGACGCCAAGGUUCUAGUCGGACAAACAAGACCCUAAGCUGUUAAUCGGAUAAACAAGACCCUAGGCUGCCAAUUAGACAAACAAGACCCCAUGCUUCUAAUCGGACAAACAAGAAAUCGGGUUAGUAAAUGAACAAACAAGACCCGAACUGCUACCCAGACGAAGGAAACCAAAUCCUCUAACAAGCAGUGGGGAUCAACGUGGACAAUUGUGCACUUGUGCAACCGGCCUUUUUGGAGCAUACCUCACCUCACCAUCAGCAGCAGACAGUUGAGUGACUAGCCUCUCUCGAGCAUACCUCGGUUCGGCAUCAUCAACUGACAACUGUGCAACCGGCCUCUCCCGAGCAUACCUUGGCUCGAUCGCCACCACCGGCAAACAGCCGUGCAACUGCCCUUUGCGGAGCAUAUCUCGGCUUACCAGUAAAGCAGAACUCAAUCAAGAACUGAGGGAACUUGCCUUCGUUUGCUUUAUUUCAAGGUCCUGGUGUACUCUUUUUCCUUCACUAGGAUUUUUUCCCACCGGGUUUUUUUCCUAGUAAGAUUUUAACGAGGCACCCCCUCAUCAUGAACAAAGGAAGAGGGUUCCUGGUGGGAACAAGGAGGACUCCAUCCUUUCACAAGCAUUUGGAUCAAAUUCAAGGCUCGUUAAUGACCGGCCGGCCGGACCAACAACCAGACCAAUUCUAAAAGAGCUGAGCUACUCCCUUUUAGCCGAGUCUACUACUCGACUUACGGAGUGAGGGACUCAUGUUGGGAUAAUGGGCCGGGUCCAAGACUAUCGGCCCGUUACACCCAUGCUUUGGCCCGACCAAGCUCAGAACAUAGUCCAACUAGCGAAUAUUGGUCCGGGAUUAUUUACUUACUUAUCGGGUUGGCUGGCCCAUUAGGGUCUGGAAUAGUUGAUAAAUCUAGCCAAACCCAUGUAGUCAUUAAUUGGUGGGCAUGUUGUAUAUGCAUAUAACUAGGCCACCAAUCCCUUGUAUUCACCUAAGCUGUUCUCAAUAUACUGAAAUGAUUCUAGUUUCUCUAUCUGAGUUAUUUGUUGGAAAAUUUUAGAGUAUUUUAAAUGAAUAAUACUUUAUUAAUCAAUUUUGCAAAUAAAAGAUGGUUAUUUGGACAUUACUUUUCAAUCUUGUUAUAUAUAUUAAACACCAAAUUACACCUAACGGUUGCUCUACUGCUAGCCAUUAUUAUCAUUAAAGUAUACUUUAAUAGUCCAACGUUCAGCUUUGGAUGGACAUAAGCCGUUGCUCUCAGGAGUUAUAAUGUGCAUGGGAGCCUUUUAAUCUAACAAAAUUAAUCCUUUUUUAAAUACCAGCAUUAAUAUGGAACGUUUCAAUUUUGAGCUUUGGUUGUCUCCUGGCUCGAUCAACUUUUGCUAUAUAUAAAGUGGCUGGCUGCCAUGUUUUUUUUAAUGAGGAAAAAAAUUUGUCCCAACUUUUACAUGUUGCUGGAUUAAUAUUUUAUACUCUCGUUGUUCUGUUACCGACAUAAGCCGAAGAGCUCGUUAUAUCUUGGGGAAAGGUUUUCGCUAGUCGAAAAUACUUUCUUGAGGACAGCGUAUGACACGUCUCGAGCUAUAUUAUUAUUUCUAACACUUUUUUGCAGGUUUAUCCGGCCAAUUCCAUCAACAAUCUCAAGAAAGUAUUUAGCGUCGGAUAUGCCUGCACACAUGAUCUCACAAGGCAUUGUCGUCGCACUCAUCGCGGCUAUGUUAUCUUUGCAUGUGUUUUGCGAUUUAGACUGGUAUUGGGAUAUAUCUCUACCUAUAAUGUUUACUCUCUUUACUUUCCUACUUACAAUAAGCCAUACUUUAACAUCAUUUUUUAAGAAAAAUGUUAUUCUUUUAUUUAGUGGUAAAAUGACAACUAUGGAAAACAACAACCCACUAAAAUCAAGUUUAAACUUCGUUUGUAGUGAUGAUAAUUUUAUUGCGGUUGUUUCUCAAAGUUGUAAAACUAGUGAUGUGAAUGAGUGGGUGGUAGACUCCGG